UAUAUUUCACGCUUUGUAACUCCUUUGGUGCACAUUUAACUUACCUGCAAUUGAUACCCUUUGUCAACAUCAAUAAAAAGCCAUAAAAUUACCUAUCAAUAUCUCAUGGUUCACUGUAACUGUCAUUGUUUACAUACAAACGUUGUGGCGUCCUCUCAUCCUACUCGCCCUGCAGCCCGAGAUGAUCAAGGACAACUUGACCACGAGGAAGUAAAGGCUCUUGGCAUCACUUCACUCAUCAUAAUGGUGAAAGCAAGAAUUUGGACAUUAGCCAAACAGCCAGUUGGUAUACCCAGAAAGGAGGAUUUUUCCUGUAUUGAAAAAGAAGUAUCCGAGUGUAAGAAUGGAGAUGUAAUUGUUGAGGCAGAAUACUUGAGUGUUGACCCAUACAUGUGUUUUAUGGCCAAGAAGGUCCCAUUUGGAACUCCUAUGAUUGGCACUCAAGUUUCACGGGUUAUUGAGAGCAAGAAUCCAGAUUUACCUGUUGGCAGCUAUGUGGUUGCUCAAGCUGGUUGGUGCACACAUGCUAGACUACCUGCUAAGAGUUUCCAAAUUGACAAUUGGUUCAAACGGUCAGAGAUAUUGAUUCCUUUGGAGCCUCUUCCUAGGAGCCUUGGUCUAGGAGUCAUAGGCAUGCCAGGAAAUACAGCUUAUUUUGGAUUGCUUGAGGUAUGCAAACCAAAGGCAGGGGAGACAGUGCUCGUAAAUGCUGCGGCUGGAGCUGUUGGCAGUACAGUGGUGCAGAUUGCAAAAUUGAAAGGAUGCAAAGUUAUUGCCUUUGCGGGAUCAGAUGAGAAGGUGGCCUGGCUAAAAGAACUUGGAGCUGAUCAUGCUUACAACUAUAAAACAACCAGUGUCACUGACUGCCUCUCUGAAGCAGCACCUGAAAAGAUAAACUGCUAUUUUGACAAUGUUGGUGGAAAAUUUACUGCAGAUGUACUACCUCACAUGGCUGAUUAUGGGAGAGUGGCAGUGUGUGGGUCAAUUUCAAACUACACUAAUGAUGAUCAUUCAGACCCAUACUGUGACCCUGUCGUGAAAGCUAAGAAACUUCACAUUGAAGGUCUCAAUGUCAACCGUUGGUCAGACUGGACUCAAGGGUUGGAACAGAUGAAGGAGUGGGUUCUGGAGGGCAAAGUUAAGUAUAGAGAGACGGUGUAUGAGGGAUUUGAAAAAAUGCCUGAAGCGUUCAUUGGUCUUUUCUCUGGGGAUAACAUUGGCAAGGCUGUUGUCAAAGCAUGAGGUAUGGUUUUCCUUUUGACAUUGGAUUGUUGCUAUAUAUAUUUUUUUCUGAGGAUUGAUAUACUCUUAAAUAAUGUGUUUUAAUUUUUCAAACAAUUUUGGCCUGUCCUUUUGGAAAGAUGUUUUGGCUUUGUUAGAUAAAAAACAGGAAAGUUUGUUACAAACAAAUGAUUUUCUUAAACUUUUAAGCUUAUAUUUUGUUAAGAUAUGUUAAACUAUAUUUGAGUGUGCUAUCCAAAAUAGAUAAAUAUUUGUGAAAGAAACAGUUUGAUAAUUGUGAUGUUUUUACUGAUUUUGUUAUAAACAUUCUGUCAUACUGUUUUAGAGAGCUUUAUGCUAUACAGAUGCUUUAUAUUCAUGUUUAUUAAAAAAAAAAAAAAAAAAAAAUACUUUCACACUCACAUGCCGUGUUCAGAACUUCUUAUCGUGCAUAGACAGAUGAGCGAAUUAGUCGACAAAACAUCAGGGAUUAUGUUUAGCUUUUCUGGAUAAGUUGUCAAAUUUGACCUUGAGAGGGCAUAUUAAAUUUAAUGAGAAAGGUUUAUUUGUAAGCAAAGAAGAAAGUGGAUGUCACACGAAAAAAUAAUGUAUGAUUAAACCUGUCAAAAUUGCCAUUCAACUGUGUUAAUGUUUCAACAGGCUGAACAGAAUGCCAUUUUAUCUUCUUGCAUUUUAAAUCUGUAAAAACACAUAUACAUUAAAAUUACUUGCAUG